AUGAAGUCAUAUUUUCAGAUACUCAUAGUAUUUGCCGUUCUCAUCGCGUCGACGUUAGCGGAACCUCCGGUCAAUAGAUACCUCCCUCCUCAGUCAAGAGCAUCAUUAUCGACAUCAUACGGAACUCCUAACUUUGCCCAGCGACAGAAUGGAGCUGGAUUUAGGCGCCCAUCUUCCACCUAUGGAGCUCCUAAAACUCGUCCCUCAAACCAGUAUCUGGCACCAAACAACCAAUAUUUACCACCCAGCAAUCAAAACUCAGCACCUAGCAGCCAAUAUUCAGCGCCUAGCAACCAAUACUCAGCACCUAGCAGCCAAUAUUCAGCGCCUAGCAACCAAUACUCAGCACCUAGCAACCAAUACUCAGCGCCUAGCAACCAAUACUCAGCGCCUAGCAACCAAUAUUUAGCGCCUAGCAAUCAAUACUCGGCACCUAGUAACCAAUACUCCGCACCUAGCAAGCAAUACCAAACUUCUAGUAAUCAAUACAAUGCACCAAGGAACCAAUAUUUAUCACCUAAUGCAGGAAUUCUAAAUACACCAUCUCAAGAAUAUGGAACCCCUGGAUUUGGAAGGAGUAAUCAAGGAUCUGGUGACUACAAUCAGCAGAGCAGACAGUACCUUCCCCCCGGCGCGGGCGGAGGGUGUGACGAUGGAAGCAAUGGGGAACCUGCAAACUACAACUUUGAAUAUAUGGUUAAAGACGAAUACUCAGGCAACGAUUUCGGUCACCGAGAAUCAAGAGUAGGGGACCGUGCUGAGGGCUUGUAUUAUGUACUUUUGCCUGAUGGCAGGAAACAGACGGUAGAAUAUGAAGCGGAUCAAGACGGGUAUAAACCAAGAAUAUCGUAUGAAGACACCGGCGUAAGAGCAUACGACAGAACCAACCAAGGCUACGACCAAAAUGCUAGUGGACCUUAC